AUGGACCCUAACAUGCCCAACAACAAAACUGAACGGCACUGGACAAAUGAGAGCCACCUACACUACUUGAAAUCAAUGGAGGCAUCGUUUGUCCGUACAAUGUUUGAAAACAAUGGCCCUGUCCUCCGUCUAGACCGGUACAUGCCGGACAGUUCAGAGUCAACCCUUGAUUUGAAAUCACAGAGAAGGAAGAAACACGGCAGUCCCUCCCCAGUAGAUAUUUUUGGUCCGUCGAGAACAAGAAUGGAGGGUAGAGUUGACAAGAGAUCGACAAGGAGAUUUUCAUCCCACCAUAAGCACUAUGAUCCUUCACAAGAUCAGGUGGUCCCACAGCUCGAAAACGCAGCUAGUGAUAAAGAUGACAGAGACCUUCCUAACGUAGCAAUUGCACCACCCAUGACACCUGCCAACUGA